CCCAAGGUGUACUUUGACAUGCAGAUCGGACGCGGGGCGCGGGCGACGAAACUCGGGCGAAUCGUGUUCGAGCUGCGGUCGGACGCGACGCCGAAGACGGCGGAAAAUUUCAAGGUUUUGUGCGAAAAGCCCGAGGGCGAGGGAUACGUCGGCUCGCGGUUUCAUCGCGUGAUUCCGUCCUUCAUGUGCCAGGGCGGGGACUUCACCGCGGAUAACGGCACGGGCGGACGGUCGAUUUACGGAAGAAAUUUCCCGGAUGAAAACUUUACGCUCAAGCACGAGGGACCGGGGAUUUUGUCGAUGGCGAACGCUGGACCGAACACGAAUGGGUCGCAAUUUUUCAUCUGCACCGUGGCGACGCCGUUUUUAAACGGCAAGCACACGGUGUUUGGCCAAGUGAUCGAGGGAAUGAGCGUGGUGAAGGCGAUCGAAUCCGUCGGCUCGCGCGGCGGCGAGACGGCGGCGGACGUCAUCAUCGGCGAUUGCGGC